GAAUGAACACAUUUGCCGCACGCGACACGGCCAAGUUGCAUCUUCGAUUUCCCCCCGCGAGAAUGCGGUAUUCAAUGGAAACGAAGGUGCGAUGGGAACCGCCAAAGCGAUAUUGGAUGCCCUCCCUUGCAAGGACUUGUUUCGAGAAGCUCUUCGCACGUACAUGUCGGAAAACAGAUGCAAUCCACCGCAUGAGGACAUGUUAAUACGCACAAGAACGCAUCUUGCCAUCGCAGCAACCGCCGAUGGAACAACCAGGGGGGCACUUGUGCAAACUGCGAGGGCUUCACCCAACUUCCAUGGGAGAGCGGUGCACAGUGAUGUUGCUGUGAGGGCACAGACAGGAAGUAGAAUGUCACACAUUACGAGGAACAGUAUUGAACGCUCAACGCUGGCAGCAGACAUGACCACGAGGAGAGGGAAACGAUCAAGAACAACACGAAUGCGGUUAACCGAAGAGAAAAAAAAUGUCGGAGAUGACAGCGUGGCAGAGGUCACGAUCGAUAGCAAUCAAGAGGAAACAAUAUCGACGAAGCAGGAGAAUUUAGAACGAAGCAAAAUGGAAACGCAAAAGGUUGACAAGGGAGCGUCGCACACCGAGAAGAGGCCACAAGCCACAACAAGAGAAGGCGAAAAAACAACAAUGAGGACGGCGGCGAAGUGCACAAUAAUGACAAUAGAGGCUAUGUUGGAGAGAUGGGAGCACCUGUCACAGAAGGACUCGUGGUACAACAGAAUGUACUUGGCAGCGACAAGGGAAACAAUUCGGCCAGCGGAUCUCGGACAUGCAGAGUUAAGCGGGAAAACGACACAGGCAAAGAAGGGUGAGAAUGCAUCAAGCUCGUCGGAUGAGUUCAAGGUUGUUGACGAGACGAACAUAUAUCCACUCAUGUGGAAAGGCAAAAGGGAGGAGAUCCGACUGGCGGAGGCAAAUGUGAUGUGCUUGGCCGUUGGGAAGUGGCUUAAUGACAAUGUAAUGGAUAUGUAUUUGUUGUCCAUAUACGAAGAGCAAUUGCAAGGUAAGGACACAGCAGCAGUGCAUGUGUGCACAACUUUUUGGCAUCCGGAGGUGCUCGCAAAUCAGAAAGUCGACACAGUAAAAAGGGGAUGGGAGUUGCGUGUCAAGAGUCGGACGACCAAAAUUCAUCGACUGUGUAAAGACCUGGAGGCUGCACCGCUCGUGCUUAUUCCAAUUAACCACAAGCACCACUGGAUGCUGCUCACAUUGUUGAAUGUAAGGGAGUUUUGGACCGACUGCACAUGCCUUAACGCCAUAAUCGUUGACUCGUGUGACGGGUACGCAACUCCAGAUUGGAGGGCGUUGUGGACAUUAAUGUGGCACGAGUACCUCAACGACAAAAGAAGGGGUCCGGAUGUCGCACGCCAACUGGUGGACAAGUUGUGGAACACUUGCAGAGAUGUGUUUGGUUGUGGACUAAUCCAUGCGAGGUCUUCACAACAAAGUAACACAGAGGAUUGUGGUGUGUAUGUAUGUUGCAUGGCARAAGAGUUGAUAACAAAGUUGGCACAUCGUACAACCGAGAAUGGCAUCUCAAAAGACGACAUACUGAAGAUUGUAGAGAAGAUGCGCAUCGAUGAAAGAACCGUUGGAUACUUUCGUAGGAGAACUCUCGAUCGCAUUGCAGAGUGUGCAGCAGCAGCGAAAGGUUACACGAGCCUUGGAGCAUGUCGGACGAUAGCUCGUGCCAUGAGAGCGACCAUAAAAAAAGACGGUGGCGAACUCCCUUAGACAAGUUCGACAGGCCAUGUCAGCCGGGACGAUCGGGGGGGGGGGGGGGGGGUAGAUCGAUAGCGUCGGUGAGGGGGUUUACUGCAAGGGGGUGAGUUUUCUGAUAACACACUGUGGAUAUACAUGCAAGCGAGAGCAAGACUGUUUCAUUCAUAUCCACCAUCCAUCGUGUGUCGUGGGUGAUCUGCCAACUGAGGCUGCACCGAAGAAUAUUACGUUCAACCUUUGAUGAAAUGACAGAGAGAGAAGAACACUUCCGAGAGAGAGAGAGAGAGAGAGAGAGAGAGAGAGAGAGAGAGAGAGAGCCGCUAGGAGGGGGCAGAGAGAGAAAAACGGAGGACGACUGUAGUUGUAUAUUAUAAAGAAUUUGGCGAAGAAGAUGUACCACAUUACGAAUUUUUGUUUGUUUUUUUGCAUGAAUGUUACAUCUUCUCUUGUCAUCAUAUAAUAUAAGAAACAUCUCUCUCUCUCUCUCUCUCUCUCUCUCUCUUCUUGAACAAUGUUCAGGCUGAUUCACAUUUAAAAGUUGUCUAAACAUUAUGGAGUGUUUGAGUAAAUAGCUCAUAAGUGG